AUGCCGCUUCUGCAAGUUGUCGGGAACACUGCCGUGCAGACCACCUUCAACGCGUGUUUCUGUCUUGUGUCGGACAAGGACAAAAGUGCCUUGGAAUGGGCCCUUUCGUAUAUGAAGACGCUGCUUGAGGCGGAGAGAAUACCACAGCCCUCCGUUGUUGUCACAGACCUCGACCAGUGUCUAACAAAAGCGGUCAAGUCAGUGCUCCCGGCUACAACGCAUCAUCAGAUCUGUGUGCAGCAAUUUCUCAAGAAGACGGCCUCACAAAUCAAGAGCAUGUGGCGCGGGCCUGUCGAGAAAGCGCCUGUCGCUCCGGUAGACGAUGCCGGUGGUUGGCCCGGAGCCCGUGGCGGCAAUAUCGUGUCCGGGGUGGAUUGGCAGGCCGGCACAACAACCACCACCGCAUCCACCUCCACUACCGCCACCCCUACGACGGCCGACGACGAGGCGAUCUACACCCACAACCCCGACGGGUUUACUGCCGCCUGGAAGGCAGUUGUUCACGCGCCAAGCGAGGCGGCGUUUUGGAAUACCUGGAGGUCGCUCAAACGCAGCUUUGAAGACCAGGAGGAACUUAUCGCUUAUUUCGAGGCGCGCUACCUGCCAAGCCACUCACAGUUUGCCGCCUUCAAGAUCAACAGGGUACGCAGCUACGGGGUCAAGACGGCGUCGCUCACACAGGGCGGCCGCAGGGGGCUAUCAUCUCACAUCCUCCGCGACGGCCCCGACCUCGAAGCCCUACACCAAAAGUUUCAUGUCAUGGUCUUCUCGUCGGACCAAGAUUGCUAUACGAGGUUAGGCGCCGAGCAUCGCCGUUGGCGGCCGAGGGCACACUCUCCAAUGCUUAAGGGCCUUACCUUCCGAGUACCUUUCAAGGCACUUGACUUGCUAUACGAAGAGUAUAUGCAUGCCAACAAUGCCUUUGCGCAGCGCGGCGACCUACCUUCAUGUACAGGAAACUUCCAAAUACAGUGGGGGUUGCCCUGCCGUCACGAGCUCCUCCGCCGCCUCCACGGCGGCGGGGAUGGCGGGGAGGUCACGUAUGACGAUAUUGACUCCUACUGGUGGCUGGACCAGGGUCCUACGGCGCGAUCAGGUCCCCGCCAGUGGCAAGAGAGUGCCACUCCUGGAGGCUACCUCUACAUGGAACAAGAGGGUGCCAAACACAAACGCAAGAGCGCCACCGCCGGAAUAGAACACGAUCAGAUCUUCGAAAACUAA